AGUCCAAAGUUGCAGCCCCCUGGGGGUCUGGGACUAUUGGAAACUGCCAGAAAGACCUCCAUAUCAACCUUAACAAACUCCUCACCGAUAAUCAGCUUUAAUUUUAGGCAGCAUUGGCGUGAGCAUGUGCGAGAGUUCUGAGAAGUGAGGUGGGAAUCCUUGUCAAAGAAACCAUCCCCGCCCCCACACGCCACGUUGCUUCCCUUGAGUUUGACAUUUGACGAGGACCCCUCUAGCCCGUGAAGCGGCCACAAGCAUCUCUUAACAAAGGUCGGUUCCUGAAUUUUGAGAAAUUUGAAGGAACAGGGAAAGAUGCCACAGCCCAGCAAAGAGCCCUGCAAGAAGGAGGCCUGCGAUAUUCAAGCUUGCCUCUCCAAGAACAAUUUCAUGCCUCAGAGGUGCCGGAAAGUGAUUGAACAAUUGCAAUCGUGCUGUGAGAAAUGCGAGUACAAGUCAACGCAUUGUGCUUCGGUUUCUGGACUCUUGAAACAGAUAACCAAAAAAGAACAGAUACAACAGACAAAACUAAAAUCGGCUAAGCAAGGGUAAAGAACCCUAUCCAACGAAAGCCAACUCGAAAGGAGAGGGACUUACCGAACCUGCCCUACGAGGUGUGAAUUGUUGUAUCAACUGGUGGAAGUUUUGUAACAGUAAUAGGUGUAUCUGUUACUGAAAAAUAUGUAAUAGCAUGAUGGCCAUUGUAUUCAGCUCCUACCUCCGGUUUUCUUGUACUAAUAUGAUGAGGAAUCUGAGCUCAAGGUGGGCGUUUCCCACAUAAGGGUUGUUCAUUGGUUUGAUUCUGCUUAAUCAAUUAAACACCCACAUAAGGGUUGUUCA